UAAAGCAACUUGUUCAUUAACACGCGAUCAGUCGUUUAAGUAGUUUUUGUAGGAGCAUUUUAUUUUUUUGUUUUGUUUAUUAUUUUGAAAAAUAAUAUUAAUAUAUUAUAUUAAUCAGCUCUAUAAAAGGAGAGUUACAUAUUUUGGUGAUAUCUUAUUAGAACGGAUUUGUUAAAUAAACAAAAAGUGCAAAUAAGGAAAAAUUAGGCAAUGCAGCGUUCGCAUUUAUGGUACACGUAAUAGCGUUUAAGAAAUUCGAUAAUAAAUCGAAAUACUUGCAAAUAAUGACUAAUAUAUUUAAAAAAAGCAGUAUCUACUGGUGAAUUGCUUUAGGAGUUAUCCACAUAAAAUUAUUUUACGGUCACUGUCACUUUACUCAUCUUAAUAAUUCGAGGAUAAAUUUAUUUUAAUAUUUCAAAGUUAAUUUUAAAUUUGAAAGGGAAUGGAACCAUACAGUUCCAACGCUGUACAAGUAGAACAACAUGAUGUAGAGAAUGGUUUAUAUUCGCAGGCAUUCAUGACUCCUUCCCAGCAACGUAUCGGAACUCAACGUCAACCAUCUAUUGAUAUGGAGGAAAUCCCUCUGAAUAAUCUUCAUCAGGAGACCGAAAAUAAACAUCGUCUACGUCAAAUAUUUUCACACUAUGACGCUGAUAAUGAUGGACUCGUGAAUAUACAUGAGUUGAAAGGUCUAAUAGAAGCAGGUGUCUGCCGUGAUAUACCAUAUCACAUUGCGGAACAAAUCCUUUCUCUAUCUGAUACGGAUUUUAGUGGACAAUUAAAUUUUGAGGAGUUCUGUCGUAUGUCUCAACGACACAAAUGGCUUGUACGUAAUAUUCUAGCCCGUUACUGUCGCUUAAUUGUGCCGCCGCCGAAAUCUUUAGAAGGCGACCAACUAGAUGGAGCCUAUGAAAAACAGAUGUCGAUAUGUCCACCGCCACUAACAAUGGUUGUAUUUUCACUUGUAGAAAUCGUCAUGUUCCUGAUUGAUGUCAUUCACUUUCAAGUGUAUGUAAUAUUUUGCAGAGACGAUUCUAACAAUAACCAUCGCAUUGGUGAGAGCACAACUGGACCAGCGGCCAUUUUGUUUAUUUAUAAUCCCUAUAAACGAUAUGAAGCGUGGCGUUUUAUCAGCUAUAUGUUUGUGCAUGUGGGACUUAUGCAUCUCUUUAUGAACUUGAUUAUCCAAAUAUUUUUGGGCGUAGCCCUAGAACUAGUGCACCAUUGGUGGCGAGUGGCUUUGGUUUAUUUGGCUGGAGUUUUAGCCGGAUCCAUGGGUACUUCACUGACAAGCCCGCGUAUAUUUUUGGCUGGCGCUUCAGGAGGAGUUUAUGCGUUGAUAACGGCGCACAUAGCCACCAUAAUUAUGAAUUGGUCCGAAAUGGAGUAUGCAAUUGUACAACUACUAGUAUUCCUGAUAUUUUGCUUAACUGAUCUGGGUACAUCUGUAUACCGUCACGUCACCGACCAGCAUGAUCAAAUUGGGUACAUGGCUCAUUUAUCUGGUGCAGUCGCGGGUCUCUUGGUUGGGAUAGGAGUGUUGCGUAAUCUUGAAGUACGCCGCUGGGAACGCAUACUCUGGUGGAUAGCAGUUAUUUUCUAUUUUGCCCUAAUGAUGACUGGCAUUCUCGUACACGUCCUUGUACCUGAUUAUUUUCCACGGCCGGAAUAUAAUUAAAAAAGGUUUACUUAUGUACGCCCAUAGGCUAUAAUUAAGCUAUACUACCUAUUCGUAUGGUAGGUUAAGACAUCUUGCCUCAUCUGUAUGUAUGUUUAUAACUUAUAUACAUUUAUGUGCAUAUUUGCGCAAAUAUUUAUUUAUUCUCUCGCUUCUAAUUCAUUAUGAACAAUUACAUAUAUUCGCCCAUAUAUGUGCAUUUGAUAUAAUAUAAUUUAUUAUUAUUAUUAUUAUUAUUA